AUGAGACAGAUGGGUUUCUACAUAAGCUCCUUGUCCAGAAGUCCCUGCACCAAGACACAGGUGCGACAUUACCAGGUGGCCCCGAGCUACAACUACAAAUGGACCGACAUCCACUAUGAAGCCAGCAGGGGCAACGUGGAGAAGCUGCGAUCGCUGCUGACCACCUCAGAUAAAGAAUUGGUGGAUCGGAAAGACUAUUAUGGGAAGACGCCUUUAUACUGGGCGGCUUAUAAAGGACAAAGGGUUUCAAUGGAGCUACUCUUACAGCACGGGGCCAGUGUGAACAGCUGCUGUAAGCAUGGCGGCACCCCCCUACACGCAGCAAUUGGCUUGUUUCCCGAUUGCGCCCUCCUGCUAAUACAGCAUGGUGCCGAUGUUAAUCUGCAGGACAACUGGGGAGUGACACCAAUGUACCUGGCAGCGUGCAGCGGGCAACUGGAGUGUAUUCGGCUGCUUGUGCAGGCGGGCGCUGACAUCACAUACAAGAACAAGAAAACAGGCCUGCCUCCCAAGCGCCUUGCUUCCCAAGUCGGAUUUAUUGCCUGGAUUGAGUCCUUCUCUCAUCAGCCUCGCUCAUUAAAACACCUAAGCCGCUUACGAAUACGAUCCAGCCUUGGGCCCCAGAGGCUCCGAGCAGUGAGGACCUUUAACUUACCACAAUCACUGAAGUGCUAUCUUAUGUUUGAGGACCUGGUGCUGCAGGAACCUGUGUAA